GUGUACAUCAGCACUUUGACAGAGAGAAGGAUCUGUUACUAUCCUCACUCAGAAGGCUUUUAUACAAUAUUUUGAUUGAGGAAUGAAAGGAAAAUACAAUUUGCAAUGACUCUUGCCAAGUUCUUGGUUUUCCUUUGCCUUGUGUGUGGUACAUUGCAAUUACAGUCUCUGGAUGACACAGAGAGAUUUUGGACAGAAGAUGCUUCUACUGGUGUUCACUAUCAAAUAAACUCUGAAUCAGCUCUAACAUGGCAUCAAGCAAGGAAAAGCUGUCAGGAUCAAAAUGCAGAACUAUUAAGCAUCACGGAGAUGCAUGAACAAGAAUAUGUAGGAGAGCUAAUUAAAAAAUUCAGUUUUUCAUUGUGGAUUGGAUUGAACACCUUGAAUUUCAACAGUGGAUGGCAGUGGGCUGGGGGCAGUCCUUUCAGAUAUUUAAACUGGGCUCCAGGAAGUCCUUUCCCAGCUCCUGGGAAAAUCUGUGGCACAAUGAAUCCCAGACAGAAUGCUAAAUGGGAAAACCAAGAAUGCAACCGGAGAUUUGGCUACAUCUGUCAAAAGAGAAAAAUAAAUUCAAAAUUUUACAAUAUAACCAAAGAGGAAAUGAGACCUAUUAAAUGCACAAAAGGUUGGUGGCCAUAUGCAGGCCACUGCUACAGCAUUCAAAGAGAAUCCAAAGCAUGGAAGGAUGCUCUGACUUCAUGUAAGAGGCAAGACGGAGACUUGGCCAGUGUCCACACCAUUGCUGAAUACAGCUUUCUGGUGUCACAGCUUGGUUACAAGCCAACAGAAGAGCUAUGGCUGGGCCUAAAUGACCUGAAGGCUCAUUUCUAUUUUGAGUGGAGUGAUGGGACCCCUGUGACAUUCACCACAUGGCAGCGCAGACAUCCCACCUAUAGGAACGGUUUAGAGGACUGUGUUGUUAUGAAGGGGCAGGAUGGGUACUGGGCAACUGAUGUUUGUGAUAGGCAACUUGGUUACAUCUGUAAAAAGAAGGCCUCAUCACAGUCUCCUGAAGAAAAGAUCAAGGACCCAGGCUGCCAGGAAGGUUGGAAAAGAUUUGGUUUUCACUGUUAUUUGGUGGGUUCUGCACUUGCAAAUUUCUCAGACGCAAAUAAGACAUGUGAGCAGAGCAAAGCUUAUCUAGCUACAGUGGAAACCAGGAAUGAGCAAGCCUUCCUGAUUAGUCUGACUGGGCUGAGGUUUGAAAAGUAUUUCUGGCUCGGUCUCUCUGAUACAGAAGAACAAGGGAUAUUCAGGUGGACAAGUGGGGAAACUCCUUCCUUCACACACUGGAAUUCAGCAAUGCCAGGAAAUGAGCAAGGCUGCGUCGCCAUGGGAACUGCAGCCAAUGCUGGAUUAUGGGAUGUCAUUAGCUGCCAGGAGACAGCAAAUUUCCUUUGCAAGCAGCGGGCAGUGGAAAUGCCACCGCCGGCUCCUCCUGCCCAGGUCCUGGCAGCGUCCUGUGCCCAGGGCUGGGAUGGAGCCCCACAGGCAGACUCCUGCUUCAAGUUCUUUGUGAGGGACAAAAACCUAAAGAAGAAUUGGUUUGAAGCUGAAGAAUUCUGUAGAGAAAUAGGAGGAAAUCUGGUCACAAUCAAUUCAAAAGAAGAUCAAGUUUUUAUAUGGCAGUUAGCAUUGGAAAAAGGACUGCAAACUCAGGGUUUCUGGAUGGGUCUGUUUCUCUUAAAUCCUGAUGAAGGCUUUACCUGGAUUGAUGGUUCUCCUGUAAUUUAUGAGAACUGGGAUGAAGAUGAACCUAAUAAUGAUAAAGGAAUUGAACAUUGUGUUAUGUUUAAUAGAUCACCCCAAAUGCGCUGGAAUGAUGUGUACUGUGAACAUUUGCUUAAUUGGAUUUGUGAAACUAAAAAAGGUACACUGCUCAAACCUGAACCAAACAACAAACGUGAAUAUCAAGCUAUAGAAACUGCUGAUGGGUGGAUUAUAUACAAAGAUAAGCAGUACUAUUUCAGCAGAGAACGUGAGCCUAUGGAAAAAGCACGGAGAAUUUGCCAGAGGAACUUUGCAGAUCUCGUUGUCAUUGAGGAUGAAAAUGAAAGACAAUUUAUAUGGAAAUAUAUUAACAGAAAACUGAGUGAUAUAUUUCUCCAAGAGAAAUCAUAUUACAUUGGUUUGUUUGUCAGUUCUGACCGGAAACUCAGCUGGCUGGGUAAAAACCCUGUGAACUAUGUUGCCUGGGCUCCAGGCAAACCCAAUUAUUCUUAUAACGAUGAAAACUGUGUGGUAAUGAGAAAAGAUUUUGGCUUUUGGAAUGAUAUAAACUGUGGUUUGAAAAAUGCCUUCAUCUGUGAAAGGCACAAUUCAACUUACUCAGGAUUUGUUCCCACUGUACUUCCACCUCUGGGAGGAUGUCCUGAAAUGUGGAUUUUGUUUCAAAAUAAGUGUUAUAAAAUAGUUGGAUCCAGGGAAGAAGAGAGACUGAGUUGGUACUCCGCAAGACGUGCUUGUAUAGAACUAGGGGGAAAUUUGGCCUCUGUACACAAUGCUCAAGUACAAGGUAAGGUAUCUCAAACUUUUGGUGCUAGCUGCAAAGCCAGUAAAUUUCACCAAAGAGGUCAUAAUUGUUAGUUAAAACUGUAACUGUGGAUGUUGUGGCCAAGUGAAUUCUUUCUUGUGAUUAUUAAAUAUGUGAGCACUUUGAAAUGACAUAACUAUUUUGCACUGGAUCCAAAUAUUCAGGUUCUGUAUGUGUUGAUGACAGUGCACAGAACCUGCUGGCAUUGCUAGUCAUGGGGAAAUUGUAGAAUAAUCAU